GGAAUAGCAGCUUCUACUCCAUCUAAGUACCUAAAAUUGAUUUCAUUUACUUUUUUCUGAAUAUUUCUCUAGCUUUGUCUAUGGUUGGAAAACAGAACGAUUCAAAACGUCUUGCAGAAGUUAACAGUUCUCAGCCUGUACGGGUGGAUACAAAGAUUGUGCUCUCUUGCCAUCCAAUCCCGACAAGUGUGUUGGUAACAUGGGAAAUAAUCCUGAGAGACAAGCCUCUCUGCACCAAAGCCUACAGGAGUGAUAACAACGUGACGAAGGAAGUAAACUGUACUGACAAGAGAAUAACCUGGGCCUUCAGACCUGACCAGAAUUCUAGCCUUCUGAUUGAUCCAGUGGCCAUCACUCACGAUGGGUAUUACAGGUGUCUAAAGGCAACACCUGAUGGGAAUUUCCAUCGUGGAUAUAACCUCCAAGUGUUAGUGGCCCCUGAGGUGACUCUGUUUCGAAGCAACAAUGGAACAGCGGUAUGCAAGGCAGUUGCAGGCAAGCCAGCUGCCAGGAUCUCCUGGAUCCCAGAGGGCUAUUGUGUCCCUAAGCAAGAAAUUUGGGGCAAUGGCACAGUGACUGUCUGGAGUACAUGCCACUGGGCAGAUAGCAAUGUGUCUACUGUGUCCUGCUCUGUCUCCCAUCCAACUGGCAUCAGGAAUCUGACCAUAGAGCUGAGUCAAGGUGCCCCAAAAUCAGAUGGCAUAAGCAUGCCACAUGUCAUUCUCUUUAUUUUUAUUAUCCUUAUUAUGUUGGCCAUCGUGGGAUCCAUUUGGCUUUUGAAAAUCAGUGGCUGCAGAAAAUGUAAGCUGAAAAAAAUAGAGGGUACUCCGGUUGAAGAGGAUGAAAUGCAGCCCUAUGCCAGCUACACGGAGAAGAAAAACCCACUCUAUGAUACUCUAAAGACGGUGAAGACAUCUCAGGUGUUACAAAGUGAAGUUGAUGGGACAGAUCUCCAUACUUUUUAAGUUACUGGAAUCUAGCACCGGGAGAAUGAAUCAAGAGACAGUACAGUUACUGUUUUGAUUUUCUUAGAGUUCUAGAAAGGAAGACCUAUUUUGAAAUUAUUUUCAAAGAUUCUUAGAAGACAGACAUAUUUUAAAGGACUUGCAUUCAUAUUCUUGCACAAUUGAAAUUUUAGAAUAUUAGCUGCUACCAGCUAGUUUUCUGAAGAUCUGACAUAAUUGCAAAGAAAGCACAUGGUCAUGAUAAAAUAUUCAAAUUGUUCAGCAGAGUAGAUAAUGAAAAAUGAGUUUCCUCAAGAAAUAACUCUGCAGAAGGAACAAUUAUCAACAAUUUUUAUGUAUUCUUUGAGAAAGUUUCUAUGUGCAUAUGACAGAUCUAUGUAUACCCACAGUAUAUGUGUACAUUUAUAUGUCUAUUUACAUAUAAAUACACGAAUGGGAACAUGCUAUAAUGCUGUUUGGUACUUACAGAAAGCUAAUAAUACAGUAUGUCUUGGAGAUCUUUUAUCUUUUAUCAACAUAAGCAGAGCUACCUCAUUCUUUUUAAUGGCUACAUAAAAUUUCAUUGUAUGGUUGUGUCAUAAUCUAAGUAACCACAACUCUAGUGACAGACAGAUUGUUUUAAGUUUUGUUUAUUUGUUUGUUUUGCUAUUAUAAACAAUAUCCUAUAGAAUGUUUGCUGUGGACAUGUCUCUGUAUUUGUUUGAAUGUAUUUAUAGAGUAAUUUCCUUGAGUGGAAUUGCCAGGUCAGGGUUUUGUGCAUUUUUAGUAUUGAUUGAUAUGUCAGAUUGUAUCAGUUUCAUUCCUUCCAACUGUGUUUGAAUGUGCCUUUUCCUGUACUGAAUUUUAAUAUCUGUAAGAUUCCCACUUCCUGUUUUUAAUCAAUCCUUUAACUAAUAUGAUGUAAGAUUACAAUAAGAAUUAUACUAUUUAAUAAACCAGAUUUCUAUUUUUCUGCCAUAUUUAUGACAGAAAGAGAGAGAGGGAGAAAGAGAGAGAGAGAGAGAGAGAGAGAGAGAGAGAGAGAGAGAGAGGAGAAAGAGAGAGAGAGGAGAAAAUGAGAACAUAUAUGAGAAUGUUAGCUUCCUCUGAGCUCAUAACUCUACAGAGGUAUUGCUGUCUGAUACCUACUGCUUAAAGCUUUUGUAGAUACAAUAAACUGGAAAUGUUUAUUUUUAUAGUAUACAUUCUAUUGUGAUGUAUUUAUCAAAUAAUAAUUGUUCAUUGACUAAGCAGCUAAAAAAGCAUUAUGGAGGGCUUGCAAACCUAUAAGAUAUGGUCUAUGUACUAAGAGAAUGGCUAUGGGAUGACAUGACCCUGCCCUCCACUUUUCUGUGGAAUAAAAUAUUAGAAAUGUGUGUUUAAUCAUUUUUAACAUUAUAAAAGUAUUUUUUAUCUAUGAAAAACUAUGGGAAAAAAGUCUAUUUCUCCACAGCAGGAAAAACAUUAAAAUUUUUCAUCACGGUAGAAAUUAAAAUAAUAUUCAUUCAUUCUUCAAUGCAUAUGAAACAUUUAAAAUAGAUAUUUUGUUUCCCCACCAGACAGUUUGGUUACUCUAGGCUUUAUCCUUAAAAUAAUUUUUAGUCUAUUUGGAUGUAAAACUAAUACAAUGACACUUGGCACAUAAUAUUUGACCAAACUAUUUUGAUAUCAUUUUGAGUCGGCCAAAAAACCAAUCCAGUAAGUUUCCCAUAUAAAUAUUACCAAGCAGUGUGCACAAUAGAUAUCAUAACCCAGUCCUUGACCUUUUCUUAAUUUUUCAAUCAUCUCUAGUUGAGAUGAGGCUCACAGUUAGCUAGUUUCAAGAAUAUCUGUUUAAAUAUUACUGAAAAACAAAACAAAACUGUGUUUACAUCUUAACUUGAUAAUGUCAAAACAGCCAUGUCAAAUAUCACCAUAGAAAAGACUUUAAGAUGAUUUCUAAAUGCUAAAUUAUAUUGUACAGAAAAAAAUGUAUUAAAAGCUUCCACUACAGAGAUGCUAAAUGUGGUUGAACACCAGAAUCAUGUG